CAGUUCACACUCAGUUCCAUCGUGUUCAUUAAUUUACGUGCAGUAAAUGAUGUAUAUCCGAAUAUAAUACAUGGUUAUAUACAUGUCUAAGUAUCAGCUGAUGGGGAGAGUUAUUUUAUUGGUUGUAUUACUGUAGAAUGCUGUACAUGCUAGGAAAAAAGUGAUAUUCAGUCAAGGGUAGAGAAAAUUGAUUAAUUCGCUUGAAGCACUCAAUGGAAUAAUGAUAAUUUACUACUGGUUCAUUUCUAUAUGCACUGGAUCUUAAAAGUCUUCUCAUCUCUAUUGGUACUCUAUUGGUUUAUAACGUCUCCAUUGGAAACUUCAUUUAUUAUCGUUAUGUUGUUUGUGAUGAUGCGGUAGCUGAGUAUUCUCGUUAGCCUAUGUGGAUUGUUGAUGAGAGUCAGCCAACAUGGCCAUCUAUACAUCUAUUGAUCCUCUGCCUCGGAGCACAAUACAGUAAGAUCUAAUUCGUUUGUAAGCAGUAAGAGAAAAAGGAGGCAGCUAGGCUGACAUUUCUUAAGACUAGCUCUAACAGAUGGCCAGGAUGUAGUAAUAGAUCAUUAUACUGUUUGGAAUUCGUCAUAGCUGUAUUUUAUUCUUAUCCUACGUCAGCGUCUGCAGCUGAGCUACUUCUAGAAAUUUUAACCUAUUCAGCAAUUUUCUCAUUUCAUCUAUGGAGCAUAUCUGAGCAAUAUAGUAUAAAGCAAGCCAAGUAUAUAGACAAGUGAGAGUCGGAUAUUGUGAAACUUAACUCAUCUUAAAGUAGGCAUUUCCCGGCCUAUAUGAAAAAUGACAAUUUAUGGUACCUAUGUAUGGAAUGCGUACCAGAUUGAAUGAUUUUCAUCAUCUUUCAUGGAGAAAGAUUUUACGAGGCGAUAAGUACAAUUUUUCCUGUGAUGUUAAUUUUGAAUCCUUAAAUUCAUUUUGGAAUUAUAUGUUUGAGGUUUCUAUUUUACAAGCAGACAUUUAAGUGGAUAUAUUGACUGCAGUAGGCUAUUUUUUUUACUCCAUUAAACCAAAGAAAUUGCAAACAUGUUUGGGCUCAUGACAGAAGACGAUGAGGAAGGGAAGGGGGCAGCAAAUGGGAAUAAGGAAGGUGGUGAAGAAGGGGAACAAGUUCAGGAAGUGAACCCAAUCGAUGCAAAAACAAUAGAGUCACUCGAGAGCACGAGACGUAUGCUCACACUUGUGGAGGAGGCGAAGGAUUCGGGCCUCAACACCCUUGUUAUGUUGGAUGAACAAGGAGAACAACUGGACCGAAUCGAGGAGGGGAUGGAACAGAUUAACGCCGACAUGAAAGAAGCGGAGGAGAAUCUUGCCGGUCUUGAGGCAUGCUGUGGACUUUGUACUUGCCCAUGGAAAAAAAUCUUCAACUUUGAAGGCGGUGAGGACUACAAGAAAACAUGGAAUGCUGACAGUGACGGGGCAGCAGGUGGUCAACCAAUGCGUGUGGGAGAUGACCGGGACGCCUGCACGGCUAACUCAUCUUAUAUCACAAAGAUAACUCAUGAUGCCCGAGAAGAUGAAAUGGACGAGAACAUUGGGCAAGUGCAUUCCUUAGUGGGAAAUCUACGCCAUAUGGCCCUUGAUAUGCAAAAUGAGAUCUCGGGACAGAAUCAGCAAAUCGACCGCAUUAACACUAAGGCGCAAUCGAACGUGGGCCGCAUAUCGGUGGCCAAUGAAAGAGCAGCUAAGCUACUUAAAUAGAAUGCCGCUUCAAAAAUGAAAGGCUAAUUACCCAAGCUUUGCAACACAACAAGUGUCAACGAAAAUACAUAUUGGUCAAGUGACCAUGCAUCAAGAAUAAUGUCGCAUUAUAUAUUUGAUUUGAACUAACUUAUAGCAAGGCCUUGUAGAACCCCAACAUACUCAGUUCCAAUAUGUGUAGCAUUUAGUGGUAAUUCAACGUGUGAUAUUUCCUAUGUUAUAUUACCGUACAUAGAAGAAAAAUUAAUAAUACUGUAUGUACUAGAACAGAAGCAAAAAUCUACUGUAUAAAGUUAGAAUUAUUUUUGAAAUUUAUUCCUGCCAAUGAACAAUUUACACCUUUCAAGAAAUGUGUAAUUUGUUAUGUACAACACACACCACAAUUACAUUGGAACUGAGUUUGGUUAAAUCUAGAAUAGCCACCUUUUGACUUAGCCUGUGCACCAGAUUCCCCCCUCCAUCUAAAUAGUGUUAUCGUAGUUUAAAAGAGCAGAUAUCUUGCAAUAGGACAUAGGUAAUUCUAUUUAUACUUUGAGGAUCAUCAUAUCCUAAUAGUGCACAUAGUUUACUAUAUGGUUGUUCUUGAAAUGGUCUUUUAGAACAGAGAAGUACAAGAUUCAAUACAUAUUUAUGUUUAUUUGUGUUGCCUUCCAGUUGUAAACAUAAUGUGGUAUAAUGCUUUCAGUGUGGUGUUACAUUCCUAUACUAUCAUUUCACGCCCACCUUUAAAACAAUCUUGUCAAAUUGUGCAAUAUUAUUUUAAUUGAUAGAGCAUUCCAGCGAAAAAUUAAAAGUUUUAGGUGAAUGCUCCUUUGGCUGCAGGGGUAUUUUCUUUAAUUCUAUUCGGUGCCGUAUUCACCAUCUUAUUAGGGGUAAUUACAGAGGAAGGGGAAGGUUAAGCAAACAUAGGGAAUACAGUUUGAACAUUUGUCAAGCAUUAGCUCUCCUUGAUUAACCAUCCCAUAUCCUCUAAAUAACCAUAUCCUAUGACAUCCAUAAUGUCAUCCCAUCAUAUAAAGAGUUUUUAAGUCCAUAUAAUUUAUCUAACUUUAACUUUUUUCUUUUAAAAAAUCUAUAUUUAUUUAGUCCCUUUGUGUGAACUUGUCUAUUUUAAUUAAUAUUUAAUCAAAUGUAUUUGUGGCAUGCUCCCACAAAAACUUACUUUUUUUUGAAAAUUUAAUUGGUUUAAUUAUCACGUUCUCUGUUUAGUCAGCUUGAUAUAUAUAAAACAAAUUUUGGGUUAAGAACAUCUUUAACAUAUAGGUAGGCAAUUAUAUGAUACAGUAUUAGCAUUACUAACAUCCUUAAAGUGUUUAUGAUGCAUAUGCAUGGCUACACAUGAGUGGUUUAACAUGCAUACCAAACAUUACCUAAACAUCUAAAGGCAGGUUAUAAAAAUUGAAGCAAAACUCGUAGCUUCCAAAUGUCAAAAUUUCUUCACAUGAAAUAUUUUUAAUGAAGAAACUUCAGUCGGAAUCUCAUAAAUAAUAUUUUUGGGCCUGACGUUGAUUUUCUCGAAAUGUCAACCUGCAACUUAGUUCAUAGGUUCAUGGGAACAUGUCACAUUUACGAUUUACGUCAGUGAAAAAUAUGUGAGGGAGUGUUUUUAUAGACUAAACAUUUGAUUAUUGCUGUAUACUAUGUCUAACAUGGCUACUCUUGUAUUAUUAUUUCUUAUGAUUUUGUUUAUUGUAUUAUUUAUUGUAUUUUCUUUAUUUAUUGUUUUAAAAAGUGGUGAUAGAUAAUUAAGAAACUAUUUCCUACCUAGGUGUAUUUUGUCUCUAUAAAAUCCAAUUUCUGUUCUCUGGAAUUGGGUUUUCCCCAUCAUUUCUUAAUUCAUUCAUUCCAACUAGCCUACCAACAUUUAAGUUAAAUUCAGUUAAUAUGUCUCUUUAUUUGGGUACAAUGUAAGUGUAAAUAAUAUAUAAAAUUUCAUAUGUUUAGCUGUUAACAUUUUAGUUGAUAGUCCUUUUAAAGAUUAUAAGCCUGGUUGUACAUUAUUUCGUUUAUUGUAGCUUAGGAUUUGUUCAACCAGGCCAUAUAGGUACAGUAGCAGUAUUAUAAGAACAAAUGAAGACUUUAUGUGCUAUAGAAGAUGAUGUUUUAUGCUGUGUUACUUUUCCUCUUGAGCUUGAACUUAACAUCACCCCACUCUCGCGUACUCAUGUUGCUAUCCCUGUUGCUUAUCCCUCUACCCCUCAGCCUGCACCCAACACAGACAUAGCCCUUUAUAUUCCUCUGCUUUCCACCAUCCAUAAGGUACCUAAUGUCAGUUAACAUGCUUAACGAUCAAUUUUAAACGCUGUAUCUUUUGUUCUUGUGUAGUUCGUGGAAAUAGUGCGUUGUAUUGUAUAUUUAUAGAUACAGUAUAUAUGUAUAUAGAUUAAGUUUGAGCUAGUCUGAUAGUCUAAAGUUGCUUUAAGAUGCUUUGACAUUUUAGUUUAAGAUAGACAAAAAUUUUGUUUUGCAUUUGAUUUUGUGAUAAUAUAUACCAGUGAAAGCUUUGAAUAUUUAAUAUUUUAACCUUUAUUAUCCAAACUACAGCCUUUUAAGCCAUAUAUUUUUGUUUUCAAGUGUUAUCCUCAAAUAGGUUGAUUAUUUUUUAAUUUUAAUAGAAUGAUUAUAGAAUAAUAAACUUUCAAAUUAUUUCCACCGCCAAUGUGAUGAAAAACAUUUCUUCAUUCUCCCUACAUCCUGAUUGUUUAUACAACUAUUCCUGUAGAAGAAUGAAACUCCAACCAUUCACAAUGUUCAUGUUUGUAUCAUCUAUAAGUGCAUGAUUUAUCGAUAUUUUUGAUGUAUAUUUUGCAUGCUAUUAAUCUAUAUUUUCCUAUUUCUAUAUGGUUUUAUUUUCAACAUACUUGUCGUUUUAAAGCAAGUCUCAAGAAGUAGGCUGCUCUCUGUGUCUACUUAGCGCUAGUGUCUGCUUAUUUCAGGAAGGUUGAUACUACAUAAUUAUUUCUUCAUGUUUUAUUUUACUUGAUGUAGUAAAUUUUCUGUGCAUUUUGAUUCUUUAUAUUUUUCAUGUCUUUUUGUUACAUAACCAUACUUACUGAAUUUUCUGUUGAUAUUUUCUAGGCCGCAUCCAACAAUGCUCGAAUAGAAUUGGCAGACAAGAGAGCAAAGGAUAUAAUAAGAAAACAGUAACACUAAAAGAAUGAAGACUGCCCUCUAGUGACAGAACUGUUUCAAAUGUUGUGUUUUGUGCUAAAAUUUUCUACUUCAGUUUCAAAAUGGUUUAAUCAACAUAAUUGAAACAAUUUUGAAUAUCAAAGAAAAAAUGUAAAACUUUAUAAAAAAAAAAAGAUUAAAAAAAUUAUUACAAGUAUAAGUAAAGUAAUAAGUAAAUCCCAAGUUUAUUAACUAACGAUCAAUAUUUCAAAAUCUAUC